UCAAUGAUUUUACCUUGUAAUGUUUUUAUCAUGCUUUCAUCGAUGUCAAUUGCAGCACAUAUAAGAAUUUCCUGAAUGGCACGAGUGUUUACGAGGCGCUCUCGUUGGAAAUAUACCACCCAGAACAUUCAUUCACUCAAGUACAGCAUAUUUGACACUCAUAACCGAGUUCGCCGGAAAGAUGAAUGGGGAAUUCUUGUAUGCAGAAUGGAAAGUGCGGAAUUUUCAUAUGCAGGCGCUACUCGCAACACCAAUUCCUCUCGGAAAAAGCAAACCAACGCUUUUCGCCUUCCGUCUUUGCCAUCUUUGACCCUACUUGGUUAUAAUUCAUCUAAAACGUGCUACAUCUUUUAUAUUUGGGUACUGAAUACACCUAAAAUAAUAAAAACUUCAAGAAAUCUUUGGGAAUUAUGCUAUUGUUCUGCCCGACUUUUGGUAUUAUAUUAAUGGUUGAACAGGAUACAGCAGGGUACCGAUUUUCAGGCAAUACCUGCCCAUAUAUAUGUAAUAUUAAACGAAAAAUUUCAACUCGAACAUUUCCACGAUUGAAGGAAGUUGAUCAUAUCAUGGGUGGUGCAGCCGCAUUGAAAAUGUAGAUUCCACCCAAGCUGAAUGUCCUGCGUGCUCUCAAAAAAUCUUA